UGUCUAUGAACAAAACUAAUUCCUAAACGCAAGCGCAGAAAUAGAAUAUCGAUGAUAACAUAACCAAUAAAAUCAGACAAUCCUCAUAUAGAAAUAAAUUGAAAUAUAUUUAUGUGAUAUGAUUGUUACGUUGGUUUGUUAUUAGAUAUUAAGAAAUUUGUAGAAAGAAUAUUUCAAAUAAUCAUAAAUUAUGUAUAUCUCAACAUUUUUACAUAUAUUUCUACUUAGUUUAACGCUAGUUAUUAUUAACGCAGAAUUUUCUGCAGAUGAUUGUAAAAAAUUAGGUUUUAAUAAGGCUAACCUGUUAUGUUCAACUUGUGAUAAAUUCAAUAAAUAUAAUGUACCAGAAAUCUAUGACAAAUGCAAGGAAUGUUGUUUAAAGGAUGAUGAUUAUGAUGUAUCUGGCUUUAAACGAUAUCCAAAAGCAAUUCUUAAGGUUUGCACAUGUAAAUUUGGUGCAUAUCCUCAAAUACAAGCAUUUAUAAAAAGUGAUCGACCAAGUAAAUACAAAAAUUUGCAAAUAAGAUAUGUAAGAGGUUUAGAUCCAAUCAUUAAAUUGCUGGAUGCUGACAAUAAAGUAGAAGAUAUUCUUGAUAUACAUAAAUGGGAUACAGAUUCAAUUGACGAAUUUUUAGCAACACAUCUUUCUACUGAUUAGAAAAAGUGAGGUAUUAAAUAAAAUAUCCUAUUUUGUAUCUUCUUAUUGUAUCAAAAUUGAGUCAUUUCUUAAUUAAAUAUGUUUGCAUUGUA